AUGUUCUUUGGGCUAGGUAGACUGUUUUACGUGAUACUUUUACUUAUCAAUGCAGUUGCUGUGCUUAGCGAAGAGAGAUUUCUGAUAAGAAUCGGAUUAGGGAGAAGCAGUAAUGAUGGGCCUGCUUUUGGUCAAGAAGAAAGUUCUACAAAAUCUAAAGUUGUUCAGCUCAUCGGGGCUGUUCAAACAUUGUUGAGAAUUCCGUUGAUUGGAAUUAAUAUACUGGUUAUCGUAUAUGAAUUGUUACUAGGUUAA